AUGGCGGGGGUGAACGGAGACCGUAAGGGGAAGAAGGAUGACAAUGGGAUUGGCACUGCGAUUGACUUCAUGCUUUCAAAUGCCAAGCUUGUGCUGGGGGUGGGGGGAGCAGCCAUGCUUGGCAUUGCAACACUAGCUGUGAAAAGAAUGUAUGACCGUGCCAUAAGUGCUCCCACCAGCCCAACCAAGAUGGAGCAGACAGGAAAGAGGAGCUGGGAGGAGCCCGCCUGGAUGGGGUCUUCACCUCGGGUCCUCAACCACGACAUGAAGUCCACAGUCAGCAGGUCGCUGCAGUCUCUGCCCACGUCUUCACAUGCUUUUGAACCAGAUUGUCUGCGGAGAGCUCUGGGUCGAGCUGCUGUGGGAGGAGGGGGUGCUGCUCAGUCAGAUCUGCUUCGGGCCAGGAUGCGUCUCUCUCUUCAAGAACAUCUGUGGGAGUUUUACCAGAACCGCGUGAAUAUACCUACUGAGGAGCAAGCGACGGCCAGGAGAGCAGCUCUGGACAUCUGUGCUGAGCUCAGAGUGUUCCUCCAUGCCAAACUUCCUGACAUGCCGCUCAGAGAGAUGUACCUGAGUGGCAGUCUGUAUGAUGACCUGCAGGUGGUAAUGGCAGACCACGCCCAGCUAAUGGUGCCUCUCAUCUUGGAGAAGAACCUGUGGUCGUCCAUCCCUGGCGAGGACACUAUCAUGAAUCUGCCAGGUUUUUGGCUCGUCCGCAGGGAAAACUUAGAAUAUUUCCCACGGAACAGCAGCUACUGGGAUCGCUGCAUGGUUGGAGGUUAUCUCUCCCCCAAAUCAGUUCUUGAGGUCUUCGACAAACUUGUGGCUGGUUCUAUUAAUUGGCCAGCUAUAGGCAGUGUUCUUGACUACGUCAUCCGUCCUGUAGUUCCCUCUGAAACGCUGACCCUGGAGGUGCAGUAUGAGACCAACAGGAAGCUCUAUGUGGACUUUCUUCCAUUACUUGUGAUGGAGGAUGGAACCUCGCUGAUCGCCAAACCGCAUCGGCUUGUUGCCGAGCGCCAUGAGAACCUGUGGCGCCAGAGCUUCCGUGUGGCUGAAACGGCGCGGCUAAGAGCUUUGGACCAGGAGGACGGAGGCUGCCGAUGCACCUGCCUGAAGGUGGCGAAGGCUGUGUGCAAGCUCAACCCCGCCCUCAACCGGCUCAACGCCAGCCAGCUCACCAAUGCCAUCCUGUUGCUGAGCGAAAAAGAGGGCGACUGGACCCAGGAAGCGCUGGCCGACCGCUUCCUCCAUCUGCUGCGAGCACUAGUGGGACACCUUGAGGCUGGGAGGCUGCCGUGUGCACUCAGCCCCAAAGUGAAUUUAUUCUGUGAGCUGACUGAACAGGAGGUGGAUGAGCUGGGGUACACGCUCUACUGUGCCCUCUCAGAUCCAGCAGGCCUGCUGAGAAGUGCUGUGGCAGAUGCCCCCCAUCUCUGACAGCCUCAUCACCACACAGAGACCUGAAAUGUCUGGACAGUGACCUGGAGUUAUAAUAAGGUUCCUGGAAUGAAACUACAUGUGCAUGGAAUCAUCCUCUGUCCUCAAACACGUGGUUUCUACACAAAUGCGAUCGUGUAGAAGCUACUUAGUGUUGAGGUCAGUUUGAAAGGAAAAUGCUGUGAUGGGAUCAGAGAGAUGAUGGUGAAGAAUUGUGGCUUUCUCUAAAGCAAAUGUAUUAAUUGAGUCAGGAUGUCGAGAAAGAAGGACUGGGUCUGUGUUGAUCCACGUGGGCUUGUUUUAACUGAUGUUUUAGGAAAGCAGGCGUACGAUGGGGCCAUUAAGAUGAAAAAAGUGUCAUGUCAAACCAAAAGCUAAUAAAUGGUUGAUCAGCCUGAAGCACUCGAUGUUCUUGAGUUAGAGACGAGCUAAUCUACUUCAUAGGUACAGGUUCAUUCAUACAGAAGCUACAUUAUAUUGUAUGCGAUGGAAACAACUUUAGGCUGUCUUCAGAAGCAUGUGUGGGUUAGAAUUUUCAGUAAAUUAAUAUACACUGUUUCCCAUUCCCACCUCUCGCACACAAAAUAAAUAAGGGGAUACAACUUAAACAGAUGAACCAUAAUUUUACUAUGAACUACUUUUGCCAUGAACAGUGUCUGAUACAGAGCUGACGUUUGUUUACGCUUUUUAGAAGGAGCUUUCACUUUCAGUGUCACUUGUUAUGAUGUAAAAGUCUGGUAAGCUUCAACUAUUUCUCAAUACAAUCAUUGUCACUGGUUGUGUUACACUGUGGGGGAAAAAUCAAGUGUUCUUCAGUCUGAGAAGGAAGUUGAUAAGUGUUAAAUUCCUUGGGUCACCUGGAUGCUUAUCUUUGUAGUUUCCAUCAGUGUUGCUGUGCACGUGCUUGGUUCAACCCUGGAGGAGGUUUUGUUUCCACAGGUCUUGACUUCAGCUCCAGGCCUGGUUUCAGGGGGCGUGCGGAGCCUGUUGUUCCUGUAGUAUCUGUUGUGUACCUGCACGUGUUUAACUCUGAUUAACUCCCAGCCGGGCCGUCUGUGGAGCAGGUAGCCGCUCAUGGAUUAGUCCAGUAUUAGUCAGUGCUGGCACUAUACGGCACUGAUCAGCUGCUAGCGAUGCCAGUGGGGAGGAUCACUGUUAGCAGCCUGCUCACCGUGUAUAUUAAUAGAUUACAGGUGCUAAUCUCCCUCCAGUGUGAUCUAAUCAACUGAUCUACUGUUAGUUAUACAACAGCAGAUUCACUAGCCAAGGUUUGUGAUGUUCCACGUACAAGGAGCUCCACCGUCCUGUGUUCAUUCACAGUAAAUCCAGUUGCUGCCAGGCUUUAACUACCCACUUUGUGUUGUGCACAUAUUCUGCUACAAUAAUCAGACAGAGAGACACGUGGCUAUUUUUGUAUUUCUUGUACAUUUGUGACCAAAAAAAGAGCCAAAUAUUUAUUUGCAUAAAUUCAGAAUCAACAUGUGAAUGGUUGUGCUUCAUUAAGUGCUUUGUUCUGGCUGUGCAGAUAUAAACUUGGUCUUGUGUGCAUCUUAAUGUCUUCCUUUACAGACCUAAGUUCUGCUACUGCUGUGCGACAAAGGGGGAGUCACUGUCCUUGUAAAAACCAACCCAGAGCAGAUCACUACCUCUGCCCUGCGCAGCAGCUACUGGCUGCAGUGUUCGCUUCGUCGCAUGCUGUGUAUCUCCCCCUUCUUGGCUUUUUUUAAUUUAUUUUUUUAUUAGUUCAGCUCUGGAGUUGAACUGAGCGGCACUUUGUAUACGUCAAUAAAUGUUACCAUGGACAGUG